AUGGAUGAUAAUUUGGCGGAUUAUCGACGAUUUUGCGCGAAUCGGUUAAAGCGUUUAGAACGUUGUAAAAAGACGAAAAGUUUUUGUAAUUUGGAUGACAAUGAAGUGCCUAUUUCAUCUUCUGGUACCAAAUCUAAAGCUGACUAUAAUGAAUCGGCAAAAUUUUUAUUUAAUCCUAAUGAUAGCACUACUUCUCAACAUUCUUCAACUGUUGCACAUUCUGCGCAGACUAUUUCUGUAUGCUUAGAAUCACGUCGUCCUAGUAGUAUUUCGUGUACUGAAGUGAAUAUGAAUAGCAAUUGUUUGGAAUCAUCUAAUUUUUCUUUUCUCAACAAAACUGUACGUUCAAAAAGUGAAAUUGCUUGCAGAAAAUCAUCAGAUAUCAUGCAUUUACAAGAUAAAUCAACAUUACUGAAAAGUAUGACGUCUACUUUAGUACAAACUGAGGAUAACAUUGAUAACGAUCAGUAUCUCUUAUCAACUUCAUGUUCUGCUUCAACAUCAUCGGGAUUGCCAUCAUCAGAACCAUCAAAACCAUAUUUAAAUGAUUCUGUACCUAUGAUAAACAGCUCUGUAAUAGUUCUCAAUAACAUUGAUAAUAACAAUGAUGAUGAUUCCAGUCUAAAAGCACAAAAGAAAUUCGAUCUUUUGCGCGAAAAGAUGGUAAUAAUUUUAUCAUUCUUUUUUUUGCCAAUAAAAAAAAUAUGA